AUGCAAUUCUUCCCCCUCUUCUACACCCUUCUCGGCGCUACUCUCGUCUCGGCCGGCUGCAAAAACUGCCUCGCGAGUGAUAGCGGUCGCUAUGCCUGCAUGGACGACAACGGAGGAUGUCUUGAUGCACGAGUAAGCAGCAAGUUUCCUUUUGGAGCGAAGGUCUGCUGUGAUGAAGCCUCCAACCCGCAUGUUAGCUGCAAUAGAGAGUGUGUCCAUUAG